UUUCAUCUCCUUACAAAUACGAUACUCGUCCUGCUUUAUUACUCUGGAGGUGUUGUUGUUUCCUCUGAAUAUAUGAAAGUUAUGGCUGUAUCACGCCAUGUGUUUGUGUUCUUGUCUUUGUUAGUGGUCGGUUGGGAAUUGGAGAGAUGUGAAGCUGCUGGGAAGUUCAGCUUCGAAGUUCACCACAUGUUCUCUGAUGCGGUCAAGCAGACUCUAGGGCUUGACGAUCUUGUUCCCGAGAAGGGAAGUAUGGAGUACUUCAAGGUUUUGGCCCAACGUGAUCAGUUGAUCAGGGGUCGAGGUCUUGCUUCCAACAACGAAGAAACUCCCGUCACGUUCAUGAGAGGAAACCGUACGCUUGGACUCGAUAUUCUUGGAUCCCUCCAUUAUGCCAAUGUCUCUGUGGGAACACCGGCUAAAUGGUUCCUGGUGGCUCUGGACACAGGAAGUGAUUUGUUUUGGUUGCCUUGCAAUUGCGGUACCACUUGUAUCCGUGACUUGAAAGAUAUUGGACUUCCACAGAGUCGACCACUCAAUCUCUACAGCCCCAACGCAUCUUCUACGAGUUCAAACAUUAGAUGCAGUGACAAACGUUGUUUUGGAUCGAAAGGAUGUUCUUCUCCUGCAAGUAUUUGCCCUUAUAAGAUUCAGUACCUUUCUAACAACACAUCCACCAGAGGGACAUUGGUCGAGGAUGUGUUGCAUUUGGUCACGGAGGAUGAUGGUUUAGAGCCUGUUAAGGCUAACGUCACGCUUGGUUGCGGUCAGAAUCAGACAGGUUCGCUACGGACAGGUUUUGCAGUGAACGGUCUUCUCGGGCUUGGUUUGAAAGAUUACUCUGUCCCGAGUGUACUAGCAAAAGCAAAUAUUACCGCAAACUCAUUUUCAAUGUGUAUUGGCAAUAUCAUUGACAUUGUCGGAAGAAUCAGCUUUGGAGACAAAGGCUACACAGACCAGCAGGAGACGCCACUAGUUCCUGUUGAACCAAGUCCGACUUAUGCUGUGAAUGUGACGGAAGUAUCAGUGGGAGGAGAGGCUCUGGGGGUCAAGCUUCUAGCACUCGUUGACACUGGCACAUCAUUCACACACUUACUGGAGGCAGAAUAUGAUCUGGUUACCAAAACUUUUGACGAUCAAGUCAAAGACAAGCGACGCCCUAAUGAUCCUGAGCUUCCAUUUGAGUUCUGUUAUGACUUAAGUCCAAACAGUACAUCCAUUUAUUUCUCAAGAAUUGUAAUGACUUUUGGAGGAGGAUCGCAAAUGAUUCUGAGAAAUCCACUUUUUGCGGUGUUCAAUGAGGACGGUACCGGGAUGUACUGCUUAGGUAUUCUCAAGAGUGUGGAUUUCAAGCUUAACAUUAUUGGACAGAACUUCAUGUCGGGAUACCGCAUCGUAUUCGACCGGGAGAGGAUGAUUUUGGGUUGGAAACGGUCUGACUGUUAUGAGGAUGAAAGUUUAAUAGCUACUCCUCCACCACCAGAGAUUGAAGCUCCUUCGCCAAGACUAUCUGCUCCACUACCUAGUCCACCUCCUCCUCCUCUUGUUUCCGUUGCUACACCUCCCCCAUUUGACCCUCGUAACUCUACUACUGGAAAUGGUUCAGGCGGAGCAGCCAGUCUCAGCCCUCUUGCAUCUCAACUCUUGCUUCUCCUACCUCUUUUGGCCUUACUCUUAUUCACAUAAGCAAUUCUUGUUUCAUUGGUUUGACCAUUUUAUGUUCAUUUAAUAAAAAAUCUUCGUUUGAGAAGUGAAAAGAUAUUCAUUGGUUUGAGAGUGGUUAUCUUAUCUCCCUAAAUACAGUCUGUGUUUAAUAUGACAAAGUGCCUGAGGCAAAUGCAUGAAGGAGGCGAUGGUUUGUAAAACAUGUUUUAUUAUAAUGAAUAUUUCUUCUUUU